UGCCCGCGGUGCAUGCAGUGUGACACCAAGUUUGACUUCAUCACCAGAAAGCAUCACUGCCGAAGGUGUGGGAAGUGUUUCUGUGACAAGUGCUGCAGCAAAAAAGUGCCUCUGCCUCGGAUGUGCUUCGUGGACCCCGUGCGGCAGUGCGCCGAGUGCGCCCUCGUCUCCCAGAAGGAGUCCGAGUUCUACGACAAACAGCUCAAGGUGCUCAUGAAUGGUGCUACAUUCUUUGUGACUCUGGGAACAUCUGAUAAAUCUGAGCUCAUGGUUUGUCGACUUUCCAACAACCAGAGAUACCUGGUCCUGGAUGGAGACAGCCACUAUGAAAUUGAAAUUGUACAGAUUUCAACUGUUCAGAUACUCACAGAGGGAUUUACCCCUGGAGCAAAAGAUAUUCACACUUACACCAGCCUUCUGGAGAGCCAGCCUGUCACUGAAGGUGGCAACACUCGUGCCAUAGGUAUGAUCCUGCAGUACAAGGUGCCAGGGUCAGAGGAGCUAACACAGAUGAAAUUCACUGCCUGUGAGGACCUCAGCUGUAACAAGAAGCUGUCAGCAAGUUGGCUGGCAGCUAUGCAUAAGGCAACAAAACUCCUCUAUGAGUCCCGGGACCAGUGA